CUUAGGAGGCCUGCUGGGUCGCACAGACAACAGACCAGAAAUCAUCCAGAGAGCCAUCAGCAACCUGAAGGAGAUGAACAGUUAUUCCUCUCCUGACAGGAGCAUCAACAUCUUCCACUGUCUGACAGAGAUGAACGACCACUCAGUACAUCAGGAGAUCACAGAGUUCCUGAAGUCAGAGAACAGAUCAGAGAAGGAACUCUCUGAGAUCCACUGCUCUGCUCUGGCCUACAUGCUGCAGAUGUCAGAAGAGGUUCUGGAUGAGUUGGACCUGGAUCAGUACAAAACAUCAGAUGAGGGAAAACAGAGACUGAUUCCAGCUGUGAGGAACUGCAGGAAGGCUGUACUUAUUGGCUGUGGACUCUCAGAGACUCACUGUGAAGUCGUGGCCUCAGCUCUGAAGUCUGACCCCUCCCAUCUGAGAGAUCUGGACCUGAGUCUCAACUAUCUGGAGGGUUCAGGAGUGAAGCGUCUGAGCUCUGGACUAAAGAGUCCAAACUGCAGACUGGAGGCUCUCAGGCUGAUGAGCUGCAGUUUGUCAGAGAUCAGCUGUUCUGCUCUGAUCUCAGCUCUGAAGUCCAACAUCCAUCUGAGAGAGCUGGACCUGAGUAACAACGCUCUGCAGGAUUCAGAUGUGAAGCUGCUGAGUGAUCUUCUGAAGAGUCCAGACUGCAGACUGGAGACUCUCAGGAUCUCAGGAGAGCCGUUCAGAACCACGAUCUAGAAGACCUGUCACAGGAAGUGAAGACACAGAGAAAGUUUAUUCAUCACGGAGCGAGUUUGAGACGUGAAGAGGAGCGUGGAGGCAUUUUGGAAAAUAAAGAAGAAGGCUGCAGCUGAUGAGAGACUUCCUGUUGGCUCUCCUCAAUAUGAAAUGAACAAAAACAAUCAAUUGUACUUAAAGCUUUUCUUAAGAAGAAAGAUGUGUUGCUACCACCACCUCCCACCCAUCCCGGCACCAAAGAGGAGACUCCAUCGACCCCAGAUACCCCAACUCACUCUUCUUCAGGUUAGCUUGGAGCCCCGACUUUACCUGCCCCAACACCUCACUUUGAACGAUGUAGUCAUCCGGAUAUCUGCAUACUGAGUGGGACGCAGGACCCGGUCAAUGAGCUGCUGGAAGGGGGUCCACUGGGGAGGACACCUAUCUGCCAUAGUUUUUCCACCUGACGACUGAGUUCGGCAUCGGGGGUUCCAGUUGGAGUGAAGAGACUCUGGGGGGCAUCCGAUGGCUCCUGAAUAGGGGGGGCCCUUGGAGUGUCCAACCUAAUGAUAAUAAUAAUAAUAAUAAUAAUGCAUUUGAUUUGUAAAGCACCUUUAAUUGCUAAAACUAAUCUCAAAGUGCUACAAGGGGCAUAAUAUACUUUUUUUUUUUUUU